AAUUUGCACCGUCAUCAAUCGAUCCGACGGCCCAGAUUUCUCCUGCUUAACUCAAUAUAUUUUCUUCACUCGUUAAAAACCUCGACUGAUCAGACCUUCUAGGGUUUUAGCAUCGAGAGGGAGGUGAAGUCGAACAAGGGUGCUUCAAAAUGGCUUUUCUAGGUAAGUUUGGAAAUAUACUGAGGCAGGGCGCGAAUAAGAGGAUUGGAUUAGAUCUGCAGGCUUCCAGUUUGUCUAUCUGUCAAGCUGUACGAUGGAUGUCUUCCAUGCAAAGUUCAAAACUUUUUGUAGGAGGUAUUUCAUACAACACUGAUGAUCAAAGUCUCAGGGAAGCCUUUGCUAAAUAUGGGGAAGUACUCGAAGCUAGGAUCAUUGUAGACCGCGAAACUGGAAGAUCCAGAGGAUUUGGAUUUGUGACUUUCACAUCUAGUGAGGAAGCCUCUAGUGCCAUCCAGGCAUUGGAUGGACAGGACCUUCACGGUCGUCGAGUGAGAGUGAAUUAUGCUAACGAUAGAACUCGUGGUUUUGGUGGUGGUGGUGGUUAUGGCGGUGGUAGCUACGGUGGUGGGGGUGGUGGUUAUGGUGGCGGUGGCUAUGGUGGUGGUGGGGGUGAUGGUUAUGGUGGCGGUGGCUAUGGUGGUGGUGGUGGUUAUAGCGGUGGUGGUGCUGGAGGUUAUGGUGGCGGUGGGAGUGGAGGAGGUUAUGGUGAUGGUAGUGGUGGAUAUUCAGGGACGGGAUAUAGUUCUGGAGGCAACUAUAGCCGAGGUAGUGGAGGAAAUUAUAGCAACGAUAAUGCCAGUGACAACCUUGGAAGUGUUGGUACAGGUGGUGGCGGCUUUGGUGGGAAUGAUGCUGGUUACAACGCUGCUAGCAAUUUUGCUUCUGGAAACACACACGACAGUGGAACUAAUGCUGGUUUUGGUAACGUCAGUGGCGGUGGCAGCGACUAUUUUGCCAACAGUGGGUUUGAUGCAAGCUCUGGAGUUGGAGGAUAUACUGGCGGGGAACAAUUUGGCAGCGAAACAAACACCAUGGAUGCAUCUGGAGAUCAAGGCCUAGGGGAGCAACUGGAAGGAAAUGAUAGGGAUGAAGACGAUACAGACGACUUUGCUAAAAGAGCCUGAUAGAUCAUAUGCAUUAUUAAUCCACAGUAUUCAUCCAGCAUUUUUGGUCCCUAGAUUCUACUCUACCAAACAUUGACUUUGUUUGUAUGUUGGACUUGCUUCAAGAUUGUGAACUUUUCCUUGCACUUUCAAAAUCUAGUUUCUCAAUGUUAAUAAGUUCUGUCCUGCUCUCCAUUAGGUACAAUCUUCCUCUUUUUUCUCUAUUAUUGUCGGUGGAGAUCCAAGUUGAUUGAGUUGUUAGUAGCCACACUGUAUUACACUUGUUUUUGUCAUUUUUUCUAUUUAGGGUAUGUUGGUGUUUGUUUGGA